AUGAAUCAUGACUCCAUGAUACCGGCUUGGGCAGAAAGCCGCUCUGGCGACCUUGAAGGGGGAGACGCCGACAGCAAUGGCGUAUUAUUGUCCAACGGGACAUAUUCACACAAAUUACAGGAUAAUGAACCGGUGGUGGUUACCUGGGAAGGGCCACUAGAUCCUGAAAAUCCAAUGAAUUGGAGUUGGCGUAAAAAAUGGAUCACGACCAUUCUUGUAUCAUGCUUCACCUUCAUUUCCCCAUUCUCCUCAACAAUGGUUACUCCGGCUUUGGAUGACAUUAGCCGAGACCUCAACGUUCCAAAUGGAUUCAUGCAGCAACUGGUAAUGUCCAUUUUCCUUCUCGGUUACGCCCAAGGGCCGUUUGUCUUGGCACCGUUGUCCGAGAUUUUCGGUCGAGCCAUCGUGCUCCAGUCCGCAAAUCUCAUGUACCUGGUUUUCAACUUGGCAUGUGGUUUUGCUCAAACAAAGCAACAGCUGCUUGCAUUUCGCUUCCUCAGUGGUGUGGGUGGCAGUGCUCCUCAAGCAAUUUGCAACGGUGUCUUGGCCGACUGUUGGAGGAAAGAAGAGCGUGGGAAAGGCCAAGCGAUUUACGGCAUGCUCACUUUCAUGGGACCUGUUGUAGCUCCCAUAGUUGGGGCGUACAUUUCGCUACAUACCAGCUGGCGUUGGAUCUUUUGGUCCACGUCCGCCUUCGACUUGUUGAUUCAAGUUGCGGCAUUCCUGUUCCUGAGGGAAACCUAUGCAAAGAGAAUUCUGUCCCAAAAGGCCAAAAAGCUAACAAAACACACUGGCAAAGAGCAUGUUACGGAAGAGAGCCGUACCUUAUUCCAAAUUCUUCGGCGUCGCAUGUUUGUGCCCUUUAUUAUGCUAUUUGCUCAUCCUGCCGUUCAAGCACCGUCGCUUUACCGGGCGUAUUUGUACGGCGUUAUGUAUCUGGUAUUAUCCACAUUCCCAAUUGUAUGGGUUGGUACAUAUGGUAUGGAAAAGGGCACAGCAAGCUUACACUACCUCUCUCUUGGUGUGGGAUUCAUCAUUGGACUGCAGAUAUCGCAUCCUGUAAUUGACAAGCUAUACAAACAUUUUCAAAGAAAAUAUAACCAAACUGAUGGUCUACCGGAAUGGCGUGUUCCCCCUAUGAUUAUCGGAGCAAUACUCUGCCCUAUUGGCUUGUUCCUUUACGGUUGGACCGCCCAGGCAAGAACGCAUUGGAUUUUCCCAGACCUUGGCUGCACAAUACUGUCAACUGGGCUAAUCAUUGCCUUUCAGAGCGCUCAAGCAUAUGUAGUUGAUGCCUAUGACGCCGAUUACGCGGCGAGUGCGGCGGCUGCAGGCGCAUUUCUUCGAACAAUGUUUGGGUUUAGCUUUCCAUUGUUCGCACCCAAAAUGUACGAGGUGCUUGGGCUUGGCUGGGGAAACAGUCUUCUUGCUUUUGCCACAAUUGGUUUAGGAAUCCUUAGUCCUGGGUUGCUUUGGUUCUAUGGAGCGAAUCUACGACGGUGGAGCACGUUGGGCAUAGUAUGA